AUGACAAACGAUCGGACAUUAACACAAACAAAUGCAGGAGACAAUCUCACCAAUGAUCCAACUUUGCAAUAUUUCACCGCUAUUCGACAGCAGGAACCCGAUACAUCUGUAGCUAUAACAGCUAUUCGUACAUUGAUUGAUGUGAUCAAUCGUUCAUCGGCAGGUACAAUGAGUGAGCUAUCACAUGAAUUGAAAUCUGCAGUGCAAUUAUUAACAACGCAAACGGAUUCGUCAAUGCCAAGUGUUAAAUCCGGUUGUGAACUAUUUUUACGUUUUAUAACCUUAGCAAAAUUUGAUACCUUUGCAAUUGACGAAUGUCGUCAGAAAUUAAUCGAACGUGGUCAAGUUUUUCUCGAACGAACAUUAUCAUCCCGACAACGUAUUGCUGAGUAUAGUCAAGAGUUCAUUGUGGAUGGAAGUAUCAUCUUAACACAUUCUUACUCACGCGUUGUUCUCACUUUAUUAGCGUAUGCAUCGAAAUUCGCACGCUUCCGAGUAUUCGUUACCGAAUCCGAACCGGACAAAAGUGGUGCAAAAAUGCGCGAUGAAUUGGAAGCAAUUGGCAUACCAUCAAUAUGCAUCCUGGAUGCAAGUGUUGCUUAUGUUAUGGAGAAAGUGACGUUUGUUCUCAUGGGUGCUGAAGCGGUUGUUGAAAGUGGUGGAAUUAUAAAUAAAAUUGGAACGUUCAAUAUUGCCAUAGCUGCACGUGAAAUGAACAAACCAUUUUAUGUCGCAUCGGAAUCAUUUAAAUUCGUUCGAUACUAUCCACUGAAUAAUCGUGAUUUACCCGAUCAUUUCAAAUAUAAGGCUUCGACGAUUGCACGUUUAAGCGAACAGAAUCUGGAAAUGGAACAUCCACUUGUCGAUUAUACACCGCCAGCUUAUAUAACGUUACUAUUUACAGAUAUUGGGACGUUAACACCGUCUGCAGUCAGUGAUGAAUUAAUUAAGCUUUACAUCUGA